AACUGGUUCCUUACCUGUCACUUGAUGUGUUUGUGCAUUUAUUCUCUAUACAUGCUAUAGAGGUGGUGCUCACAUGCUGUGAGAAGCACAUCCUGAUGUCCUACAGAGGUUGUAUGCUACAGCAGUGUGAGGGUGUGGUGGGCCCCUUCAUAGCAAGUACCUAGGAAAAAAAAUCAGGAUUCUUCAGGUUUUUUAUUAUUAUUCUUAGUUUCAGGAGCUUCCAAAGAUAAAUGGAAAAUGUUUCUUGAAUUCUUGUUUCAAAGGUUUGUAUUUUGCCAGGCCUUAUAUCGUUUCCUCAGUUGCUCUGAAAGCUGAUAAGCAGCAUGUGGCUUUCAGUACAGCCUGUGACUAGGAUUGCUCACCUGACAACAUUAGAAGUCUGGAAAAGAAUGUUCUUGCACAAGAAAGAGGGAGAGUAGCAGAAUAAUCCCUUGAUUAGUCAUGGGGUGCAAAGCUACCUGAAGUGAGAGAUUCCCAUGUUCCAGAUCUGGACAAAGAUUGAUAGCUCCUUAAUUUGGGCAUCACUCCCCUUCAGAAGCAUCCUUCUGCUAUUGGAUGUUUUGCUGCCCACAUGAAGGGUAUGCCCUUAGUGUUGGGCUCUGCUUUGAUCUGUUGUGUGAGUUCUAGGUAUGUACUGAAUCCCCAUCUUUAGGGACUGACUGUUUUGGAUUUCUAUUCCUUUGGAGUAACAGCAGUUUCUGUUACAGACUCAAGCAGUCUGUCUUCCUUGGGUGAAACUAUUGUUUCUGUGAAAAGUCUUUCAGGUGUGAUCCCUUGGUGCUGCUCUGGUGCUCAUAGACUUUGAGCAGAGCUGUCUCAGCACACUGACUCACCAGAAUUUGUUUACUACUUUGUAUCAGUUUGGAUUAGUUUUCUUCCUGGGUUGGACACCAUUGUCCGUGGCAUGGAGAAAAUGGGUUUGUGACAACUUACAGUUGGUUUUGGAUGGCUUUGCUCCUGCCUGGCUCCUUCACCUGGGCUGCCCUUGCAGUUACACAGAUGUUUGCUAGUACAAGGAGGGAAAAUGUAUGGAAACAAAAAGGCAGAUGCCCAAGGUGGACAGGAGACCUUUAGCAGCAGUGUGCUGGCUUAGUACACAUAGGGAAUCGAAAUACAGGGAAAGUAAUGCUGCUGCUCGUGUACACACAAAGUCGCAAAUGCUGCUUUUUGAAAUAACCAUGCAAUAAAGGUAUUGCUAGGAUAUUGCUCACACUAAAUCCUAGGAAGUUGUAGCAGGUGCUUGUUUAAUUAGUGUAUAAUUAUCAGUUCGUUGACACAGAAGGUUUUUUAGCUUUUGCUUUUCCUUUUAAAAUUAUAAUGGAAGCAUAAAUUACUCAGAACUUGCCAAGGGGAGAAGGAUCUCUUCAUAACUGGUAUGUGGACAAGUUGGCAUGUUGGUUUUUUUCUUUGUCCAGUCUUAAAAAGAAAUCAGCUGGCACCUCUAUUAUAAACAUGGCAGUGGAAACAUGAAGUUAAACAAUCUUCCCGUGGAAAAAAAUGGAACAAACCCCAAAACCUCAACUGUGUAAUAUAAAAUUCUCAUGUACAUAUCACUUGACAAGUGUCAGUUUAAACACGUAGGAGUUGCUAAUUUGUGUACCUUGCCCAUUCUUCUGAUCUGCUGCACACAGUUGUUUGUAUGGUGUCUCCGGCAGCGAGCAGUCACUUAGCAGAAUGUAGAGUAAUGGGAAGGGAAUGGAGUGCAUUGGUUGAGGGAAUUGUGGUUGCCUUGGGAACUAUUUUGUGACUAUAGAUGCUUAAUUUGUGGUAGAAGAACACCUGGUAUUUUCUUAAGUAUUCCUUGUAACUGUUGGAAAAAAGACUGGAUACUUGCACUAGUUAUGUAUUCAGCAUUUGAUAAGGAAUGAGGUUGAGGUUUUUUUCCUUGCUAUCGUUUGCCAUUGGUAUUGUAUUUGAUAAACCUAGAGCCAUGAUCCUCUGGGAAGCAUGCAGACAAGCUGCCUCCAUGACUUGUCUUAUGUGGAGCUUGGGAAAGAGAAUGGAAAUUAUUUUGUCUGUGUUCCACAUACCUAUUUUGUUACUGUGUUAAAGCUAUUUGCUUUCGCUCUGCUAUUACAUAUGCAAACAUGGUGAGUUUGCAGUCUUAGAUGAUUAAUUUUUCCACUUACCCUUGUUAAUCAUAGCUUCCUCAUGGAUUCAUCUUUUUCUGGUUUCAUGACACGCAUUUUGUUAAAGCAUCUCUAGCUCAGUAAGCUUAAACAAAAGCCUCUCUGUUGAAAAAACACAGUGCUGAGUGAUUUUGUAAUUCUUUGCUUUAUGACAAAACAAACUUCUCAGUUUUAGAGAUAAAGCAUAGAGUGUCAGAGAGAGUAAGAAAAUGGAGAAUGCCUAAAAUGAAUGACACUCUUUUACCCAUUAUUGGAAAAAAUAGCAAAAUUGAAGAAUGGCAGUUAAUUAGGUGAAAUGUAGCACAGUAAGAUCACCUACAUGCAGUUGUGCUCUUUCAUUUGACAAUAUGCCAGCAGAGCAGGGUGAGUCUUGAUUACACAUUUACUUCUGUGGAGGCUUUUCUUACAAAUGAAUGAAAACAUGUCUGGUGUCAAUAGUUUCUUAAGAACUGCAUUUCCUAGGUUUUUUUGUGUCGUUCUUUGUGGAUUUCAGUUGCCUGGGAUAGUUUAUGUGCUUGUUUGUAUUUGUCAAAAAGGGAUGAGAGAACACAGCAAAUAAGGAGAUUACCUAGCCUGUUCUUUAGUUUGUUUUGCUUAUGAAAUGACCCAAUAAAAGGAUUUGUUUCUCUAAAGUUUGUUUUCCCCCUUGAAAUGAACUUAGGCAAACAAAUGACCUUCACUUUCUAAAGUGUGACUUGACUCUGCUUUGCAUAGGUAGGUGUUCUAAAUCAUAUGCACUAGCAAGCAGUCAAGAAUCUCUGGGAACUAUGAACCUUGUGCUGUUAUGCAUAGAUCUUUUCUUAAAAUAAGUUUUCUCUUUGCUGGGAGAAUGCCUGGACCAUUAAAUGACCAGUGGGUGUUUUUCCAUUUGCAGAGAUGAGUUUUGGUGCCAGUAGUGUGAACUAGCUACACUGCAAUGACCAGCAAGGCUGUAGUCAGUUUUGUACUCAAUUAUAUUGGCAGAGUUUGUCACUUCUGUUUCUUGUGGACAAAAAAAAAGUGGAUUUCCCCAGGAGAGAAGCGGAAAAUAGUCAAGAGGGAGGCUACUUGUGAAUUUUUACCAUCACUGCUGGAAUGACUGGGAAAAAUAAGAGCUCAUUCUUUGUUGAACAGGAAGGUGAGUUUUGGUGUUAUGUCAGCAAAAAGAAAUAGAUUGAAUAAAAGGUUUUGACAAGUUGGAUGUCCUGGAUUCUUAACAAAAAUUCUUAAUGACAAUGAUAAAUGCAGAUGCUAUAGAAUUUUGCAGAAAGACAUCCCAUAGUUAUUUUCAAGUUCUAUUUCUGCUGCUGGGUUGGUUUCACUGGACUUUACAGUUUGACAGAGCUGUUUGGGUGUGUGUCCUGAGCUGGAGUGUGGGAGAACUUACAGAGUGACAGCCUCUGGUUCAGGUGUGUCCAGCUGUUUGUGGGUGCGUGGUGCUGUUCAUUGCGCAGUGAUGAACCAGGGCAGCUGAGUCACACAGAGAACCUGCCAAGCUGCAGGUCAACUCCAGUGUCCUGCCAUAUGUUAAUCACCGUUAAUCUCCAAUCUUCAAAAUUAUGAACUGACAAAACCUGUCAGAAAAAAAAGGUUGGCAGAAGCUUCUUUUGUAUAUACAAAUUUGUUUUUAGAUGUAGUAAAGACCUAGAUCUUGCUGCAUUAAAAAAAAAGCCACAGAACUUUUUCCAUGGAAAAAUAAAAAAUACAGUUAAGGCUUUGCAUACUGUUGUUUCUUCACUUAGUAAUUCUGAGAAGGAGAUGAACAUUCUGCAUCUGUAUCAACUCAGGCACUGUAGCGGUGACUUGUCCAACGGAUGGUUGGGCGUGUUUGUCAUGAAAAUCAAAUUUGGAAGGGUAUCCUGUAAGGACAGAUUUGGGGCUUUUCUCAAGUCCUGCUGCUUGUUCAGGUUGGGUAUUAGGAAAGGGUUCCUCCCUUAGUGAUUGGGCACUGGAAUAGACUUCCCAGUGAGCAGCAUGGAGAGUGCAUCCAAAGAACUCUUCUUCCUAAGUGGCCUUGGCAUAUUGUGUGGAAUAAAGCUUCUCCAGGGAUAGAGUAAGAUACAGUGUCGAUAUCUUGCUGUGUCACUUUCAGCAUAUGGAAAACAAAGGUUGUAAGAGAUACAGUGUAGUCCUAGUCACUGAAAUGUUUCUUUCUGGCUAGUCCUGUCUGUAAGUUUUUGGGGAUUUUUGAAGUGUUUAUCCAAAGCUGUUGGUUUUCUUACCUACAGCUAAUGAAACUUAUGAGUUUGCAUUUCAGAAGCUCUUCAACUUGUUAUGUUACAAUACUUGAGACUUCAGCGAUCUCAGCAGCCUGCAUUUGAAGUGACCCACGUGGUACUACUGCAGCAGGGAUGAAGAUUCCACAGAAAUUCCUAUUUCUCCUGUUGAGUUGAUCUCAACUCAAAAUCUUAAUGUGGAAUUUCAUUCCACAAAGGUCAGUCAGCUGUUGCACAGUCAUAGUUGUUUAAGUAAGUUUUCCCAAAAGGAACGCAGAGGUGCUUCAUCUAGAGACUCAAGUGGGAAGGAGGUGUUAAUGGUGUUUUUCCUGGACGAGAGAAUCUGAAUGCUGUCCUGGUUUGCCUGCAGGUGAGCUAUUUAUCUUCAGCUCAGCUCUUCUGCAAGUGGAUAUAUUCUGUACUUUUGGAGUGUUGUCAUGUUGAAAGCUGGUAGAACUGCUGAGACUGCAGCUACAAGCAUGCUUUCCUCCAAAUCACUGCAAUGUAACUGUUCGGGCUGUCUUUAUUUUUGUUUUAAUGCUCCACUUGAGUCAAAAGGGAAGAAAGCCAACCCAGAUAAGUUUAAAAAGCAGUAGUGGCCAUAGCAGCUUUCACUGCUGUUCAAGUCUUGACAGCACUACCUUUAAAGCAUGGCACUUUUUUGUCUUAAGAUUUUCCUCUGGUUUUCAUUUCUGUGGUGUUCGAACUUUGAAAAGGAUCGUGAUUCCAUAAGACACAUAAGGAAUUAAGCUUUUAGGGCAAAAUUUUCGGGGGGGGAGGGUUCAGUUAGAAUGAAAUGUAUGUAUUGUACCCAACUGGGCAGUGCUAGUGUAGUGUAGGUGAGAUGCACUUGGAUCAUCAUUGUGCUUCCCAGCUAGAAGUCUCAGUAAAACUGGUAGGUUACGAUUCUGUUAUGAUGAACUCUUGUUCGUAAAUACAGCUCUAAAAUGUACUCUUGCUGAAAUUGCUGGCAGCAAGCCUGAUCUUAAGGGUGUGCAAUAUGAUAACACCUGCUAAAAGUCUGUGGGGAACUCGAUAUCAAGCCUGUGGUGGUAGUUUUUACACUUGUUGUUCAGAGUGUUCUUGGUGUGAUAUUGCUGUGUCUUCUGAAUUCUUCUGUAGCCUCACAUUCAAGGGGUGUCUGGAGUUUGGAAAGCAAGACCUUUAUUUCAAGCUGUAUAUGGAAGACAAAAAUCUGCAUUUUUUUGGACCUAGCGAUAAGUACUCCUCACAUUUCAGUACCUGCUCCGGCCAUCACUGCCACAGCUACUAAAAUGGAGGUGGUUUCAGCAGAAGUCAACAGCUUGCUCCCUGAGGAAAUCAUGGACACCGGCAUAACUGUGGUGGAAGAUGACAGCAUCGAGGCUGUUAUCGUGUCGUCGCCCAUGGGAGGAGAGUCUAUUCCCAUGGAAACAGAACUGGAAGAAAUAGUGAACAUAAGCACCACCAGCGACUCCUCAGCCACGACUACAGCCACGGUCACCACGGAAUCAGUUCCUGCGCCCAGCAGCCACUCAGGAGAUGCAGCACUGACCCCCACAGCCCCGAGCCCUGAUGUGAAUGCAGCUGUAAAGCCUGCCUUUCCAGGUGGCCUCCAUAAACUUGGUGCUCAGACCCCCGUCACUAUCUCAGCUAAUCAGAUUAUUCUGAACAAGGCCACUGAUAUUAAAAUAGGCAGUCAGAGUAUUAAACCAGAUGGGCAAAAGCUGAUUGUAACAACUUUGGGCAAGUCUGGCCAGCCUAUUGUUUUAGCAUUACCCCACAGCCAGCUCCCGCAGUCGCAGAAGGCCGUGUCCCAAGCCCAGGGUGGAGACUCCAAGGUACAAGGCCAGCAGAUCAAAGUUGUCAUUGGAGGUCGGUCGGAAGUGAAACCUGUUGUGGGUGUCUCAGCUUUGACGCAGGGAAGUCAGCUGAUAAAUACUGCGGCCCAGCCCUCUGUCUUGCAGUCCCAGCAAGUAAAAACAGUACAGAUUGCGAAGAAGACUCGAACCCCAACUUCUGGCCCGGUGAUCACCAAGCUGAUAUUUGCAAAACCAAUCAAUAGCAAAGCUGUUACAGGGCAGACCACUCAAGUGUCACCAGUCAUUGCAGGUAGGGUUUUUUCACAGUCUGCUCCAGGGACACCACCAAAGACAAUAACCAUCUCUGAGAGUGGAGUCAUUGGAUCAUCUUUGAGUACAACAACACAACAGACACCGAAUAAAAUAGCUAUCUCACCACUCAAAUCCCCCAAUAAGCUAACAGUGGUGUCAGUGGCCUCCCAGCCUCCCACCUCCCCCCAGAAGACGGUGGGCGUCCCACUGAAUGUAGCGUUAGGACAGCAGAUCCUCACAGUGCAGCAGUCAGCACCCUCCUCCCCUGGGAAGGCUAUAGUCAACCACACAACCACCCAGGCUGUGAAAUCAGCAGUGCAGACCAUUACUGUAGGAGGAGUGGGUACAUCUCAAUUUAAGACAAUUAUCCCCUUGGCAACUGCACCCAAUGUUCAGCAGAUUCAGGUACCUGGAAGCAAGUUCCAUUAUGUCAGACUCGUUACUGCCACAACAGCCAGUAGUUCAACCCAAUCUGCCAGUCAAAAUCCCAGUACGAAUACUCAGCCUCUGCAGCAGGCGAAGCCCGUGGUGGUGAACGCGACCCCCGUGCGUAUGUCAGUUCCCAUAGUACCAGCACAGACUGUCAAACAGGUGGUGCCCAAACCAAUCAACUCAACUUCUCAAAUAGUCACUACCAGUCAGCCCCAACAAAGACUUAUUAUGCCAGCCACUCCACUGCCACAGAUCCAGCCCAACCUCACCAACCUCCCUCCAGGCACUGUGCUGGCACCAGCCCCUGGCACAGGAAAUGUUGGCUAUGCAGUCCUUCCAGCUCAAUAUGUCACACAGCUACAACAGUCAUCCUAUGUAUCCAUAGCGAGCAACACUGGCUUCACAGGGACAUCCAGUGUCCAGUCCCAGGCACGGCUGCCAUUUAAUGGAAUAAUUUCUUCUGAGUCUGCAAACCGUCCCAGGAAGCCUUGCAAUUGUACUAAGUCUCUGUGUUUGAAAUUGUAUUGUGACUGUUUUGCAAAUGGUGAAUUCUGCAAUAACUGCAACUGUACAAAUUGUUAUAACAACCUGGACCAUGAAAAUGAUAGGCAAAAAGCAAUAAAGGCCUGCCUCGACAGAAACCCUGAAGCCUUCAAGCCCAAAAUAGGGAAAGGAAAGGAAGGAGAAUCGGAUCGGAGGCACAGCAAAGGGUGCAACUGUAAACGCUCGGGAUGUCUCAAAAACUACUGCGAAUGUUAUGAGGCAAAAAUCAUGUGUUCUUCCAUAUGCAAAUGCAUUGGCUGUAAAAAUUUUGAAGAAAGCCCGGAGCGAAAGACAUUGAUGCAUUUAGCAGAUGCUGCAGAGGUCAGGGUGCAGCAGCAGACUGCUGCAAAGACCAAGUUAUCUUCCCAGAUCUCAGACUUGCUGACAAGGCCAACACCAGCACUCAGCAGUGGUGGUGGGAAGCUGCCCUUUACAUUUGUCACCAAGGAGGUGGCCGAUGCAACCUGUGAAUGCCUCCUGGCACAGGCAGAGCAAGCGGAGAAGACGGGCAAGUCCAAAGCUGCAGCAGAGCGCAUGGUCCUGGAGGAGUUUGGGCGCUGUCUGAUGAGGGUUAUCAGCUCUGCAGGGAAGUCCAAAGGUGACCCUUGUGCCAUGAACUGCUGACUCAUGCACAUGAGCCACAAUGAAGCGGACUGAACAGAACACUUAAGGCACAGGGACACUUUGACUUAGCAUAAAGGAUGGAUUUAAUAAUAUUUGUUAA